GAGACCUCUCCCCCUUAAGGGACAUCAUCAUCACAGCCUACCGCGAGCAGACCUCUGUUAGCGACAUCGUUGCCUUGCCGAAAGACAAGUUCGAUUUAGCCAUAACCGAUCGGACUCUAUAUCGCCGCCUCCAGGAGUGGAAUGAACCUCUUCACCAGCAGCGUACUGCAGAUACAGGUCAGCUUCGCUCUCUCAUCCAAGAUGAGUUUUUUACACAAGGGUCAUCGGAUUCCGAAAUCCUACGCUAUGUCCGUUCGCUGGGAUUGCCUCUCUCUAAGGCUGGUUUGGAACGCAUUCGCAAGGACAUGGGGAUUUUCCGUCGACGUACUUCAGCCCAACUUGAAGCACAGCUCCUCCAAGCGGUUGACUUUAUGGAAACACCUUCUCUUUCUUCCAUUCUCAUUCCUCGCCUUGGACGCCGGUCUCUUUGGAAACACGUUCUUCAGGUUGCCCACAUCCCGAUUCCGGGGAAAGCUCUCUACGAAACCUUCAGCCAACUAUAUCCCCAAGAAGUCGCACGACGAUGGCAGCAGAAGCGUGGCAAGCGUGGAGGGUUCACAGUGCCGGGGCCCAACUAUACGUGGCCAAUCGAUGCGUACUGCAAAUUGCCCUCCCUCCCGACAGUCUCAAUGGUAAAUGACUGCGAUUUGCUUCGGAGCCUCUUUCGUCGGACCGUUACUGCAAUUGUUGAAGCAACCAACUUCCCAACGUUUAUGGAAUCCUGUUAGUUAGUUUGUCCUUUCCUCCUGAAAUUCAAGGCUGCCAGCAUUGCAUCGACAUGCUCACCCAAGGUAAACAGAGACCGCAAGGAGACGAGUCCUACCAACUUUGGUUUAUUAAGGAAAUUGUCUGGUAUCUUGGCGGAGCCCUGCGAUGAGAACCUAACGCUAACUAUCGCACUCCUUGUCCCUGAAACAACGCCAUUUCGAGAUCCUACCAUGCGAAUACUCUUCUGGAUUGCCCUAGUUCACUUUCUUAUGAGCGGCGCUUCUUAAUCGGACAUCUGCCAGCAGACCGCUUGUUUU